AUGAGUGUAAAACGUGGCCAGGAUUUCAUGUUAAUGCAGAAGACUUGCUGGAAGUCGUUGCGUGAAGCUGAGCUAGCUGGCUGUUCGGUGUACGUGCAGAGACAGCGGUUUCACACAAUGUUCUUUCACACACACAAAGUCAUGAUGCCUUCCUGGGAAAGAAAUAGCCGUUGUAAUCCUGAGCCUGCUAAGGCUGCAUUGCUAAGUAUCCACUACCUCCGUGAAAGCCAAAGAGUCUGCACAAAGGGUCAGCAUCACUUCCUUGCAUCUCAUAUGUUAGUUACCCCUCAUCAGGUCCUAGAGUGCUCAGGAUGUCCACCUGGCUAUCAACAUGCAGAUUUUGCUCCAUGGCUUGCAGCUUUAUUUGAGCCAAAAGGGAUAGGUAGGAGAGAAAUGAGUGAGAAAAAGGCCACAGUUCCUGUCAGAAAAAAGCUGCUCCAGCUGGGCAACCCCAGUGGAGAGCGCUGUGGGAAGACUUGUUUGGAAGAGCGUGAUAAUCAGUGGCUGGGUGUCAGCUUAUCGAGGCAGCCAAAAGAAAACGGAUCUAUUGUUGCUUGUGGACAUAGAUGGAAAAAUAUCUUUUAUGUAAAAAAUGAGCACAAGCUCCCAUAUGGUAUUUGUUUUGCCGUCUCUUCUGAUUUUCGAACUGAACUGAGCAGAAGAAUAUGCCCGUGCUAUAUAGAUCAUGUGCGAAAGUUUGGAGAAAAUCAUGGGUCAUGCCAAGCUGGAAUGUCUAGUUUUUACAUUGAGGACUUAAUUAUAAUGGGAGCACCUGGAUCAUUUUAUUGGACUGGUUCUGUUUUUGUAUACAACACAACUGCAAAUACAAUCCAUGCCUACACAGAUUCAAAUAACCAAGUGAAAUUUGGCAGUUACCUAGGAUACUCUGUUGGAGCUGGACAUUUUCUGACAUCAGCCAGUACAGAAGUAAUUGGAGGGGCUCCCCAACAGGAGCAGACUGGUAAAGCAUACAUUUUUAGCAUUGAGAAGCAGCUAAAUAUUCUGUUUGAACUAAGGGGUAAAAAGCUUGGAUCUUACUUUGGAGCUGCAGUUUGUGCUGUGGACCUGAAUUCAGAUGGCCUCUCAGACUUGCUAGUUGGUGCUCCAAUGCAAAGUACCAUCAGAGAAGAAGGGAGAGUUUAUGUCUAUAUCAAUUCAGGUUCUGAGGCAAAGAUGGUAGAACUGAACAUAGAGCUCAGCGGGAGGGACUCAUAUGCAGCCAGGUUUGGAGAGUCCAUAGCCAAUCUAGGAGACAUAGAUAAUGAUGGUUUUGAAGAUGUGGCAAUAGGGGCUCCACAAGAAGAUAAUCUAAAAGGGGUUAUUUAUAUAUACAAUGGCAGGGAAGAUGGAAUAACGCCAUUGUUUUCACAGAGAAUACAAGGACAUCAAGUCGGUAACUCUUUAAGCAUGUUUGGACAAUCCAUAGCAGGUGGCAUUGACGCAGAUAAUAAUGGUUAUCAAGAUGUAGCAGUUGGUGCAUUUCUCUCUGAUUCUGCUGUGGUGCUGAGAACAAAACCAGUGAUAAUUGUUGAAGCUUCUUUAAAACAUCUUAAUUCAAUAAAUCGAACUAAUUUAAACUGCAUGGAAAAUGACCAGCCUGCUGUCUGCAUGAAUUUGAAGAUAUGUUUUACCUAUACAGGACGAGAGGUACCUGGUUAUAUUGUACUGCUUUAUAAUCUGAGUGUUGAUGUGAACAGAAAAGUGGAUACACAAGCAAGAUUUUAUUUUUCUUCCAAUGGAACAUCUGAUACAAUCUCAGGAAAUGUAAAGAUUUAUAGCAAGAAUAUUGCCUGCAAAGAUCAUCCAGCGUUUAUGAGGAAAGAUGUAAGGGAUAUCUUGACUCCUGUACAUGUUGAAGCAAGUUAUCAUCUGGGGCAUCAUAUUCUACAGAAAAGAAAUGCUCAAGAAUUUUCACCACUUCAACCCGUUCUUCAACAGAGAAAAGAAAAAGAUGUUAUAACAAGCAAGUUUGUUUUUGCAAGAUUUUGCUCCGAAGAAAAUUGUUCUGCUGACUUGAGCAUUUCUGGAAAAGUUGUUUUUCCAAAGCCUCAUGAUAAGAAAACGUAUCUUGCUGUUGGAAGUAUGAAGACUUUAUUGUUGAACGUUUCUCUGAAGAAUGGUGGAGAUGAUGCAUAUGAAACUGUCCUCCACAUUCAGAUCCCUAAAGGUCUUUAUUUCAUCCGAGUUUUAGAAUCGGAAGAAAAACAGAUACAUUGUGAAGUAUUAGAUAAAGAAAUUCAUGCCGUGAAACUUGAGUGCAGUGUUGGUUAUUUAUAUGUAGAUCAAAAAUCAAAGCUGGAUUUCAGUUUCCUCUUGGAUGCAAGCUCGUUCACCAGAGCAGAAGAUGACCUCAACAUCAUCAUUAAUGCUACCUGUAAAAAUGAAGAUGGGAACAUGCUGCUGGAUAACGUACUGACUUUAGCUGUACCUCUCAAAUAUGAGACUGAGUUAAAUGCCCAUGGAUUUGUAUCACCAGCUUCGUUUGUUUAUGGAACAUAUGAAAAAGAUUCACCAGUUAUGUGUAUGAAGGAGAAUAUCAACUUCACUUUCCAUGUUAUCAAUGUAGGACCAAGCAUGGCUCCAAAUACAAACUUAGAGAUAACGAUACCUAAUGCUUUUCCACCCAAUGACUUCAAAUUAUUCAACACAUUGGAUAUCAAGGCAACAGCUGGACAGUGCUUCUAUAAUAAAUAUCCAAGAAACUGUAGUGCAGCAGAAAAAAAUGAAAACAUAUUAAAGGAUGUUGUCACUUUCUUUUCAAAACCUGCUAAGAGACAAAUGUACUGCAUGAAAAAUGACAGCCUUUGCUUACAAAUAUAUUGCAAGCUUGGAAACAUGGAAAGUGGAAAAGAAGCAACUGUUCAGUUGCAUCUGGAGGCUACUCCUUCACUUUUAGAAAUGGAUGAUGCAUCAGCAUUGAAGUUUGAAGUGAGAGCAACGGCCUCACCAGAAAAAAGUGAAAAAGUUAUUGAACUACACAAGGACAAGCAAGUUGCCUAUGUCUAUUUGGAAGGAGUGCACCACCAAAAGCCAAAAUACCGUGUUACUGUGCUGAUUAUCGGAAUAGGCUUAAUAGUUGGUGUUACCUUGUUUUUGCUUCUUUCAUUUGUAUUAUGGAAGAUUGGCUUUUUCAAAAGGCAGUACAAACCUGUCCCUCAAGACAAGAACAGAAGAGACAGCUGGAGUUUUACAAGUGGGAACAAAGAUGACUAAGAUGGCAAAUAAAUGUUUGAUUUAAAAAUGAAGAAUUUAAGAUUCAGGUUAAUUCACAGGAGGAACAUCACUGACAAGAAAACUGGUCUUGAGCUCCCUUGCUCUCACAAAAUACACUUUAUUCCCUUGAACUGUAUGGAGGACUACACCUUAAAGUACUGUCAUUUUUCUAACACAAAAAUGAUAAAACAGUUUGUUUUGAAGUCUCACAGUGAUAUUUGAAUUGCCAUGUAUAUGUAUCUGGUUUCAAACAGACAGAAGAACACUAAAUAUAAGAAGAAUUGCUUACUGGAAAGAAGAAUUUCUAGAAAGUAAUAAUGUUUGGCCAAUCCUGGAAAAUAAGACCUCAAGCAUAUUAGCAUGAGUUAUUCUAUUAAUUUUCAAGUUUCAAUAAUCUUUUGAUUAGACAUUCAAGAAGAAAUCUUCCCUCAUUGCUUUGGCAGUUUUACAAGCACGUUAGCUUAAACCAAUAGAAGGGACGGUAAGCAGAGCGCACAGAUGUAGAAGACAGCUAUCAGAAGCUCUUUUGGGCUUCUGAAGGUAACCUUGUAAGCUUUGGCUUCGCAGGCACAGCCACAACACUGCAGAGACUUAAGACACCCAGGCAAGCCAGAACCAGGCAGGUCAGAGGUGGGUUCAGAGCAGGGAAUUCUGUGGGGUAGCCUGGAGAUGCGGCACAGAAUCCUCUCUCAGCUGUGGAAAGAGUAAUGUAUUGGAGAUCAUCAUCUGUAGCCAUUUAACAUGGUACUUGCAAGAAUGACAGAAUUACUUUUUCACU